AUACAGACGGGUUCAGGCUGGCGCGUGCGGGCGGAGAGAUGCGCUUCUUCAUGCAGCCUUUCUCGCAACCCGGAAGCGUCAUUUGUUAAAGGGCCGGAGAUGGAAUUUGGGGCGGUGGUGCUGCGGACGUAAAGAACAGUUCGGCACGGCAAGGCCAGCGUAAACUGUCUCUGCAAUGCUUACAUUAUGAAGACUAUGACACCCUUCCAAAGUCAACUUAAACGAACGGCACAAUGUUGCACUCUAGAUAAUGAGGAACAUUCUCUAGAUUCCUUUUGCCAUUGGUGUGUGCUCUCUUCAGGACCUAGUGCCACAGUGUUAUGUCCACAGUGUUGACGGGGGUUGCAGGUUCCCGUAUUUCUAAGUCUCAACGGAAUUCCACAUUUCUAGCCAUCCCGGGAUGCUGCUGACAGAUUCAUGUGGAUCUGGAGGUGGCCAUGGCGAUGGACAGGGUCCUUGUGGAAUAGCCACUAGGGACCCCAUGCAUUUGUUAGUCUCCAGAGGCACAGAAAGAAGUGGAGAGAGAUACUGUCAGAGAAGAUUGGAAAAGACAGUAGAUGCUGUGUUUCUGUAUUUUAUGAGGCAUGGGGUACUAGCUGCUCAUUAGCAGUGCCUUGUUUAAGGAAGAGGAAACUGAGCAGAACAUACACUGGAUCUGCCUUUUUGCACUUUAAGAAUUUCAUCUGUUUAAUUUUAUAUGGUGCACAAACUUGCCACAUAACCAAGAACAAUGCGACACAUUCAUGUGGAGAUUUCACAAAAGGAGCAACCAAAAGAACAGCUUGUGCAGGAGCUUGAGCUUCCACAACCCUGUGCUCAAUCAGGUGGCUUGGACUCUAGUCCCAGUCAAGGUCUGCUUAGGACAUUUGGCAGGGAAGAGUUUAGACUGCAAAAAGUCUAUCAGUUAUCUAUCUUCUCCCAGCUUGCCAGUUACACUGAAACUCAACAUCAGAGACCAGGAAAAGGAAUGAAAAGGAUUUCCCCUGAAUGUCAAGCAAAUGUAGACAUCAAGCAAGCCCAGACAUGCAAGAGGAUUGUGACUUCCUGUACAAAUUGUCUUGACCAGCCAGAACAAAAUGGGGAGCUGAAGGAUGAACGCCAAUGCCCAGAGCAGGUGUAUGAUAAAAGAGCUGUUGCAUUUUGUUCUAGGCAGCACUUACCGUUCACUGGAAUGAAGGAGGACUCUAGGAGGACCGAGGACUGUACUGCAUUUAAAGAUUCAAACUUAGAAGAAGAACAGUCCUCCUUGCACCUUCCUCUGUUCAGCUGCUGUGCACAAACAACACAAUAUACAGAAGACAUAAUUAAAAGAAAUUGCUCUCCCAACAAUCAAGACUCUGCUACAUUCAAUGCCAAGACAGCUUAUGCCAUCACGUCAAAAUUGCCAUCAAAUUGUUCUGUGAGCUGGGAUGGUAAAAUUGAUUGUGGCUUAGUAAGUGCCAAUGAAGGAAGUAUGUUUACUAGAAAAAUCAAACAAUUUGGUAACGAAGACCAUUUAAACAUCUGCUUCAAUAAUGAAGGAAAGUCUCCGAUAUCAGCAGGCUUUGUGAUUAACAGUGAGGUUGGAAAUCUAUCAGAAUGUAUUGAAUCUAGAACUCUUUUCAGCAAUCAGGAUUUGAGUUCUCCCAAAUCUGAGCACUGCCAGAUGUCAUUCACUAAUGGACUGGCUUCCUCUGAGAAAACUCCUUGUGAGUUUAAGCAACAGGCCUCCACAUCAAAAGAGAGAUACGCUGCCAAGAGAAAGCUGAUAGCAUCCAGUGACACAGCAGAACCCUGCUCCGAAGAUGAUGGGCCCUCAACUUCCAAAAAGUGCCGGCUGUUGUUGCCACAUUCUGUAACUGUGUCUUGCCGCAGCACUGAUGCCAAAGCUGCCCCUUUCUGGAACCACUUGCUACCGUCUGCCAGGGAAUUGCACAAGAGCUCUUCGGAUUGCACUAAUGCCAAGAGAAGCUUAAAAAGCAGAUUGCCUCCUAAAGUGAGACAACACCGCAGCACUCUCUAUGGAGACCUUGACUGUCGUACAUCCUCAGUCUGGCCGCCAGCUCCAAUUAGCCGCACUCUCCUGGGGAAUUUUGAGGAAUCCAUCCUUAAAGGUUGUUUUGCCCCAUCAGGCCGCAUUGAGGGCUUCACAGCAGAAAUAGGUGCCAGUGGUUCAUAUUGCCCACAACACGCUUUCCUGCCUGUGGAGGUUACUUACUAUGACAUCUCAGAGCACAGUGCCCCUUCCCCUUUUCUGGGUGUUAUUCACCUGGAGUCAUUGGGAAGGAAAGGAUACAGUGUUCCAAGAGCUGGGACUAUCCAAGUGACCUUAUUCAACCCAAAUAAAACUGUAGUGAAAAUGUUCUUGGUGACAUACAAUUUUGAAGACAUGCCUGUCAACCAUGUGACGUUUUUACGCCAUCGUAUCUUUCUGGUGCCAGUGGUAGAGGAAGAAGAAGACCACAGAGCCAAUCACAGUAGGAAAAAAGUGCUCUGCUACCUAAUACACCUCAGGUUCCAAAGCUCAAAAUCUGGAAAGAUCUACUUGCAUGACAAUAUCCAUCUUCUCUUCUCUCGAAAAUCCAUUGAGAUGGACACAGGGAUCCCGUAUGAGUUAAAAUCUUUCACUGAGAUGCCAGUUAACCCGAAAUAUUCACCUCGGCUUUGAAAUUGGACAGUUUAAUCAACCCACAAAAGAACAGAACUUGAAGGAAAGAAAGCCUAGUCUAAGGCAACUUAAAAAGCUGAUAUAAACUAGUGGAAAACCAGUGAGCUCAGUGUUGACAUGCAUGCUGCAUAACAAAGUUCAGACUUUCAUUCUUGUGCAAUAUACAUUCUCAGAGUAGCGCUGUUGGUUCUGCACUUCCACAGUCCUGAGGGAUGAUCUUCUUACAGCCUUGUACUUGUGCUAGUAACAUUCACAUUGGUAAUCUGAAUGACAGCUAAUUAAGAAAUUGAGUGAAGAGCCACCUUAUGGGGUAAACUGUCUGAAAUAUAACAAGACAUUAUCCAUCUAGGAGGCAGUGUGUGAGGAAUACCAUGUAAUGUAUGGGAAGUGAUCUGCCAAGAAAGAAGAUAAUUUGUUUACACAAACUGUAGAUAACCCUGUGAAUGUUGUAGUUUAAAUCCAUGCAACACCCGCUGCAGAUUUUUGGGAAACAUCAACGAAAGAUAUCUUCCACUUUUGACUAAUACACUACUGGUUAACCUUAUACCUGUAUGAUGAUGGCUUUGUGAUUUAGUUGGUCAAUUUCUUGUAUACAGUAAGUUCAGUGCUGUGCUAAGUGCAGUUAAUAUGCAGUAGUAUUUUAUGUAACAAAAAAAGUUACUGUUUGUUACCCUUUUCUUUUUUAUUUAUUAGUGCCUGAUCAAGAGAAAUUUUGUAGGAGGUAGUAUCUUGUUUUUACAGUCUCUUUCUAAUGCCUGCAGAUCCUCCAUGCAGUAUGUGAGGGAUUUUGGGAGGAGGCUCAGAUGCGUAAUUCUUCUGGUUUAAUAUUCCAAAGAGUAGGGUCCGAAUGAACUGUAUAGAACAGAAUUUGUAUUUGAUGUCCACCUGGGCUAUGUAAACCAUGAUUUUGGUUAUGAGCUGUGAGGAAGUUCUUGAAAAAGGCAUGUAUGUUAACAUAAUACUGACUAAAUAUCAGCUGGCAGUAAGGUAAACCUUAGCUACUUUUUCAUCAGCCAAGGCUUUCAAAUACAGUACGUUUAGAAAAUUAACUUGUGUUUUUUGCAUUGCUAGAAGGCCUUUAAUGCAUAGUUAUUUUGGAAAGUCAGAUUUUCAUGUGGUCUUUCUGUAUAAAAUGAAUAAAAUUCCAGGUAUAUUACUACCUGUUCAGCUGAUGAUACAA